AUGAAACUGUUAUAUCUGGUCGAUUCGCGAAAACAAUCUUGCUUUAUUUGCAUACGCUAUUGCUGUUUUAUUUUAACGAUAUGUCUUUUGUUUUCAUACUAUAUAUUUGUAUAUACAACACCUCCUUGUGCUUUUAUAUGUCCUUACAAAAGGAGUCUUACGUCCCAAGAAUUAAUAUUUGAUCAAUCCCACGAUGUAAAACAUUUCUCGGAAUUCAUUUGCCCGCAGAAUUUCCGCAAUUUGGCUGAUUGGGUGUUUGGUUGGCCAGAUUGGGCUUUCGCCGAACAAACUCAAUCGAUUAUGAAUGGCCGUUAUCUCGCACCGUGUCUACCGUCUGGUAGUAUCCUUUAUGUGAAAGCAGAUUUUUUGAAUCAGUUCUUUGGUGAAAUUUAUCCAAAUUUACGUAACAAAUUCGUUCUUAUUACGUCGCAAGGAGAUCUAUCAGUGCCACAAGAGCAUCUCGCUUAUCUUCAUGAUAAAGAAUCCAAGAUUAUUCAUUGGUUUGGCCAAAAUGCUAAUAUUCAAUCAUCCCAGAGUUUACGAUUCACUCCUAUUCCUAUUGGUAUCAAUUGUUUCGAAAUGGCGAAUAGUCUCCAAGAAGUCUAUCGACAAAUUCCGAAUAAUACCGUACCAGCAACAUAUGGCGAUGCAGAUGAACCACAUAAUUAUACACAUCUCGUCGAUCUAACACAACGACUGUCGAAUGGAUAUUCUCCUGAAAAACUGCUUCUCAUCAAUUUUGAACCGGCAACAGAUCCAACUGGACUCCGUCGUCGAAUUUGGAAAAGCUAUUGUCCACAACAAUCAAUGUCUAAUAUGACAUUUAUUAAAUGCAUUGAAAAGCCUCGCCCAUCUGAACAUAUAUCUCUUUCACAGGUCUAUAUUCGUAAUCGUCAAUAUCCAAUGUGGUUGUCUCCUCGUGGUAACGGACUUGAUUGUCAUCGCACAUGGGAAGCAUUUUAUCUCGAUGUAAUACCUAUCGUAUGGAAUUCAACAUUGAAUCCUCUGUUUCAUAUGUUACCUGCUGUCAUCAUCAAUGAUAUGAGUGAACUUACGGAAGAGUUUCUUCGUACGAAAUUGACAGAAAUAGUAAGGAAUAAGAUUGAACGGCCAAAUAUGUAUCAAUUCGCAAAAUUAAGAUUUAGUUAUUGGAGACGGUUAAUUUUAAGCACAUCGCGAUAUGCAAUAUCGGACACAAAACGGGACAAAAUUUGUUGGCGCGCCAGAACUCUGAACAAAAAUCAUUAA